AUGUUGUCACUGAGCCCCAAAUCUCCCGACGGAUGGCCACCUGGCACACUGAACUUGGAAGACUUGUCGAACCAGGGUCUGUCCAAGAACUUGCAUCCUGUUCCAUCCAAUGAUCCCGAUGAGCCACUGAACUGGUCGAAGGCUCGGAAAUGCGUAAACUUCAGCAUCGUGCUCUUCUACUCCCUGAUGGCAUUUGUCCUUCUUGAUAUCGGAACCGUUAUUUGGGGCGACCUCAAUGCCGAACUCGGUAUCUCCUACACGAACCUGAAUAACAGCUUUGCCGCCAACUGCGCUGGUCUCGCAGUGGGCUGCAUAUUUCUUAUCCCGUAUACCGUCAAGUACGGUCGUCGGCCCAUCUAUAUCUUCAGCUGCAGCCUCAUGCUUGCGACGGCCAUCUGGCAAGCAAAGAUGCAGACUGUGACGGACCUCAUUCUGGCAAACGUCCUAUCCGGUAUUGGAGGAGCUGUGAGCGAAGCCAUUGUGCAGAUGACGAUCUCCGACCUCUUUUUCGUGCACCAACGUGCCACCAUGAAUGGAUUAUACAUCCUGAUGGUCGCCGCUGGUACUUUCUUGGCCCCCGUUGCGGCUGGCGUUGCCGCAGUCAAUCAAGGGUGGCGGUGGAUAUGGUGGUGGACGGCCAUCCUUCUCGGUGUCAGCUUGGUCCUCUUCACCUUCGCAUACGAAGAAAGCAAGUAUGUUCCAGUGUUGACGUCCGCGCCCGUUGAGUCCCAAGCAGACACAGAGUCUAUACCCGAGCAAGGAGCUACCAAGAAAGAUGCGGACUUCAGCGAACAGCAAGUCGACCGUGAGCAACCAACGGACCUGGAAGGCUGGAACUAUCCUCGAAAAAGCCUGCGCCAACGCUUCGCCCUUGUCACGCGCACGCCCGGAGAUGGCAUCAGCGUUCGGUGGCUCCUGGUACGAUUUGCUCUCUGCCUCUUCAGGUUUCCGGCCGCGGCAUGGACAGCAUUGGUCUACGCGUCGUCGCUGGCGUGGUUCUCGGUCAUCCUGACGACCAUGUCCACGUACUUCACCAUGCCGCCGUACAAUUUCGACGCUGCCCAGAUCGGUCUGCUCAACUUGCCGCCCUUCAUCGGCUCGGCCAUCGGGCUGGUUUUCAGCGGACCGAUGAACGACUGGCUGAUUCUGAAGCUGGCGAAGCGGAAUGGUGGGGUAUUUGAGCCGGAGAUGCGGUUGUGGAUCGCGCUGCCUAGUAUUGUGCUGACGCCGCUUGCUCUCUUCUUGUAUGGCUUUAGCUUGGUGGAUGGUCGACAUUGGAUUAUUCCGUGCAUUGGGACUGCAGCGUUUGGCGUCUCUUUCUCUUUGUUGGGGACGGUAUCACUGACGUAUCUCACGGAUUGCUAUCGAGAGUUGGUUGGAGAUGCGCUCGUCGGCGUCACAUUCAUGCGGAAUGCUUUGGCAACCAUCAUCGUCUUCGCUCUGACUCCCUGGAUUGAAGCUAUUGGACUUCGGAAUAUGUUCCUGAACGUUGGGUGCCUUUCCUUUGGUAUUUGCCUCACGACGAUUCCGAUGAUGGUUUAUGGGAAGAAGAUGAGAUCACUUACGAAGGAAAAAUACUUCCGGAUGGCAAGGCAAUAG